UCCCGAUUCACUUUGAAGUGAUUGACAGAUCAUGUGCGCCCUUUGAACGGACUUCCUACCAGGUCUUCUGCCCCCUUUUAUGGUUGAAUCCGUCGGCGACUCCUGCUGAACCGCCGCCCCACGGCUCCGCUCUGCAGGUCCGCAAAAACGAAUCUGGUCGCUAACAACUAACUGGAUGGCCGAAGCCUAAUAAUUCCUUCGUCUCCCCGACCUCCUUUCUACCUUUGCUUCUUCUCCCAAAACCCCUGCGACUUCAGGCCUCUAUUCCUCCUCCUUCGGUUGGGAACGUUUAAUUUGGACCCAGGCUGCGUGUUCGCUGCCUGUCGCUUUGGAUUGCGCCCGCAGUCUCUUACGUCAGUCUUUGCCGCCAUGGCAUACAAUCAGUCCUACAAUCCAGAUGCGCUGCCCGCGCACGCAGAACCAGAACAGGUCGCGCAGAUGCUGGGGGCCAUGCAAACGAGCAGCUCGAGUCACCAACGACCGCCUCGCCGGCCGUCUAAUAAUUCCUCCAGCGGCGUGCCUCCUCGAGUCCCAGUAUCCGGAGCGCCGAGCGCCAACCCGCAACGCUACCCAGCGCCUGGCCAACAGGUGCAUCCCGGCGGCCGAUCGCCCGCGACCGUUCCUGUUCAACAACGGCCUCACCCACUACACCCCUCGCCUCCUCCCCAGAACUACGGCUUUGGCCCUCCUCCCUCGCAGCCCGUGCGCAAUCGCCCGCCCCCGUCGUCGCGUCCACCGCAAUCCCCACACCCUCCUCCACUAUCGGUCCCCGACGAUGACCCACAGCAGCUGUUCCCCCUGUUCCGCGCCGCCAACUCGUCUCACUCGGGGGCGCUGACCGAGCUAGAACUGGGCUCCGCCCUGGUGAACGGCGACUACACCUCGUUCCACCCGAAGACCGUCAAGAUGAUGAUCCGCAUGUUCGACCGGAACAGCAGCGGGACCAUCUCGUUUGACGAGUUCGUCUCCCUGUGGCGGUAUCUGGCGGCGUGGCGCGAGCUGUUCGAUCGGUUCGACGUGGACCGGAGCGGACGCAUCAGCCUGCCGGAGUUCGAGAACGCCCUGGUCGCCUUUGGCUACCGUCUCAGUCCGGGCUUUGUGCAGGUCAUGUUUAUCACCUUCGAGAGCAAAGGGCGGCAGAUGAACGGACAUACGUACGGGAAGCAUGGCAUGAGUUUUGACCUGUUCGUGCAGGCGUGCAUUAGUCUGCGACGCAUGACCGACGUAUUCAAACGAUAUGACGACGAUCGGGAUGGCUAUAUUACGGUGAGCUUCGAGGAAUUUUUGACAGAAAUUCUGCAGUUGCAGGAUUAAGUAGCCG